GUGGGCUGGCGCGCGCCGCCAUGGUGCAAUAUAAAUCCGUGUCGACUUCCUCAAUCCCGUUUUGCAACUUUGCAAAAGUCAUAAGGCUUGUGCUGCAGCAGUUUCCUGACCCUCCACCAAAAUUUAACAAGAGUCGGUGAUGUCUUGGGACGACUAUAUCACAAAUUUGAUGUCUGGGGGAGAGAUGAAAGACGCCGCAAUCGUGGGGUGCGUGUCCGCAAGCGAGUCGGUGUGGGCGGCCCAUCCGACCGGACAAUUUAAAGCAAUCACGGCAGCAGAAAUUCGCCAGCUGGUGGGGAAGGACCGCAGCAGCUUCUUCAGUAACGGGGUCACACUGGGAGGCAUAAAGUGCACCGUGCUGAGGGACACACUGAAUGACGAGAACAGCAUGGACUUGCGGACCAAGGCGUCUGAGGCGGACACUCAGACCUGCAACAUCUCCGUGGGCAAGUCGAAUACAGCCCUAGUCAUUUUGAAAGGAAAUCAUGGUGUACAUGGUGGUACAGUGAACGUCAAAGCUUUCAACAUGGCAGAACACCUGAGGAAAAGUGGCUAUUGAUUCCCCACCUCCUGCCCCCCCCCCAUUUGCUGUCUAUAGAAUUGGACUGCAUUGCUUUCAACCAAAAACCCUUCCAGCCCC